ACAUUCUAAGAAAGAAAGAAACCAAACUCUCUCUCUCUUUCUCUCUCUCUCAAUCAUUCUCUGCUCUUUUUUCACUUCUUUCAUCCAAUCAUAGUUUCUUUCUCUCUAACAAAAAAAAUUGCAUUACCAUUUGGGCUUAUAGAGAGAGAAAGCUAGAACUAAGUACUAACAAAGAGUAGCAUAUCUCUCUCUCUCUCUCUCUCUCUCUCUCUCUCUCUCGCUCUGUGAUCGUGAAGAGUCUCUCUCUCUCUCUCUCUUCUGUGAAGCUCUAGGGUUUGUUCGCUGAGUUUGUGAAAGGUGAUGCAAUGAAGCAGUUUCCAAACCAUUCAUCUUCAGGUCUUACUAAGAUUCCACCAAUAAAUGUUCCUAAAGAUGCAGGCAAUGGUGCGUGGGGGGUCAUAUCUGGAUCUGAUUCCUACCAUGCCUCUAGUGAUGCUAGCCUUUUUUCAAGCUCAUUGCCUGUUCUUCCUCAUGAAAAAUUGAACUUGAAUGAAACAGAGCAUGGAUGUCAAUCUAUUGGUGAUGAUUCACUUGAAGAUCCUGAAACUCAUGCAAUUGGAAGCUUUCUUCCUGAUGACGAGGAUGAACUUUUAGCUGGCAUAAUGGAUGAUUUUGACCUAAGUGGGUUGCCUGGUUCACUGGAGGACUUGGAAGAUUAUGAUCUUUUUGGUAGUGGAGGAGGUAUGGAAUUGGAAACUGAUCUACAGGAGAACUUGAGCAUGGGUAUGUCAAAGAUAAAUUUAUCUGAUGGUGUUGGGAAUGGGAUGCCUCCCUAUGCUGUUCCAAAUGGCGUGGGAGCUGUUGCUGGAGAACACCCAUAUGGUGAACAUCCUUCGAGAACAUUAUUUGUUCGGAAUAUUAAUAGUAAUGUUGAGGAUUCAGAACUAAAAACUCUCUUUGAGCAAUAUGGUGAUAUCAGAACUCUGUAUACUGCAUGUAAACAUAGGGGUUUUGUGAUGAUAUCUUACUAUGAUAUCCGCGCUGCUCGAACUGCUAUGCGUGGAUUACAAAACAAGCCAUUGCGAAGGAGGAAACUUGACAUCCACUUCUCAAUUCCAAAGGAUAAUCCAUCAGACAAGGAUAUUAAUCAAGGAACCCUGGUAGUUUUUAAUUUGGAUCCAUCAGUUUCAAAUGAAGAUCUCCGUCAAAUAUUUGGGGCUUAUGGCGAGGUCAAAGAGAUAAGGGAAACACCACACAAGAGGCAUCAUAAGUUUAUUGAAUUUUAUGAUGUUAGGGCCGCAGAAGCAGCACUUAAGUCAUUAAAUAGAAGUGAUAUAGCUGGUAAACGCAUAAAGCUUGAACCUAGUCGCCCUGGUGGAGCUCGUCGAAACUUGAUGUUGCAACUGAAUCAAGAGCUUGAACAAGAUGAAUCUCGGAGUUUUCGACCUCCAGUGGGUUCACCAAUUGCCAGCUCUCCACCAGGUAACUGGGCACAGUAUAACAGCCCUAUUGAACAUAGUUCUAUGCAAACUAUCAGUAAAUCCCCUGGUUUCAGGACCAUGAGUCCAACCACUAGCAACAAUUUGCCCGGAUUGGCUUCAAUUCUUCAUCCUCAACUAUCAAACUCUGUGAAGGUUGCUCCUAUUGGCAAGGACCAAGGAAGGGGUGGUCAUGUGGACCAUAUGUUUACCAAUACAAAUGCAGCACAUGGAGCUGCCUUGCAACAGUCAAAUUCAUUUCCAGAGCCCAAUUUGAGCCAAUACCAUCAAACAAUAUCCUCUUUUGGCCCUUCUACUUCAAAUGGAUCUGGCAUUGAAACAUUAUCUGGACAGCAGUUUCUUUGGGGAAGUCCAAAUCUGUACUCAGAGCACACCAAUUCUUCGGCUUGGCCAAGACCAUCUGUGGGACAUCCAUAUACAUCUAAUGGAAAGGGCCAUGCCUUUCCAUUCUCGGGUCGGCAUGGCUCUUUGCUUGGCUCGUCCCAGCCACUUCACCAUCAUCAUGUUGGAUCUGCUCCUUCUGGUGUUCCGUUUGAGAGGCACUUCGGUUUCUUCCCAGAGUCACCAGAAACUUCAUUUGUGAAUCCUGUAGCUUAUGGAGGCAUGGGCUUGGGUCCUAAUGAUGGAAAUUUUAUGGUAAAUAUGGGUGCUCGUGCUGCAAUUAACCCUGGCAUUAAUAUACCUGGGAGCAUGUCUGAAAAUGGUUCAUCAAGUUUCAGGAUACGGUCCUCGCCAAGGCUUAGCCCUGUAUUUUUAGGUAAUGGUCCUUACCCUGGACUGCCACCUACCAGCAUGGAGGGCAUGACUGAGCGAGGGCGGAACAGAAGGGUUGAAAAUAGUGGGAACCAGGUUGAUAGCAAGAAACAGUUUCAGCUUGACUUAGAUAAGAUUAAAAAUGGGGAAGAUACUCGGACUACUUUAAUGAUAAAAAAUAUCCCAAAUAAAUACACCUCAAAAAUGUUAUUAGCUGCUAUUGAUGAAAACCACAGGGGUACUUAUGAUUUUCUCUAUCUACCAAUUGAUUUCAAGAAUAAAUGCAAUGUGGGCUACGCAUUUAUCAAUAUGCUGUCUCCUUCUCACAUUAUUCCAUUCUUUGAGGCGUUUAACGGAAAGAAGUGGGAGAAGUUUAAUAGUGAGAAAGUUGCUUCCUUGGCAUAUGCUCGAAUCCAGGGUAAGGCUGCCCUUGUGACCCAUUUCCAGAAUUCAAGCUUGAUGAAUGAAGACAAGCGAUGCCGUCCAAUUCUCUUUCACUCAGAGGGUUCAGAGGCUGGUGAUCAGAUCAUUCAAGAACAUCUUCCCUCCAGCAGUUUGAACAUCCAGGUCCUUACCCCAAAUGAGUCACACUUGGUUGAUUCUUCAGGAAGCCCGACAAAGGUUGGCCCUGGUGAGGGGCCUGAGAAUUGUUAACAGUAUUUAAUGCAGAUUGUGCUCAGCCCAAAUUGAUGGUGGCUGGGAAUGCUAACUUUGCCGUAUAUAAUCAAGUGUAUAAAUUUUAGGAAGAAAUGAAUCCUAUUAAUAGGGGAAAGGAAAAGGAGGUAUGGAGAUUUUGUAUCCUAGUAUUAUAUAAUUUUGCUAGAAAGCUCUGGAAGAAGCUGUAGCCUGUAGGAGCAUUUUGGUGAUAUGCAUUGCAGAUCACUGGCUUGAUAUACGAGGGAGAAGCAAAGUUGAAGCAUAUGAGUAAACAUAACUAUCUGAGUUGGCAAAUGCAGUAUCAGUUGUGCCAUGAUUUCUCCACUCUCUUUUCAUUUUGGGCUCGUUUUUGUUUUUGUAAUUGGGUGUUGGAUAAAUUAAAUCUGCAAAUAUGAUGUUUAUAUGGAUAUAUGUGUAUCAAGGGUGGAGGUUUUUGAGGGUUUUGUGAUUUAACAUGGGGCACAAAAUUGUAUAGUGGGGGAGACAGAACAGAUUUUUUUUUUUUUUUUCUUCUUUUGCUCAAUCCUUUGUAUUUGGUAUUCUUGCAAUGGAAAUUCGCAUGUUGUAUUUGAAACAUGAGAUUGUACUGAUUGUGGUGCUACUCGCUCCAGAUUUUGUUGUUUUGAGGGGCAUGGUUUAUAAUUGGCAUAACUAUUUCUGUAAA